AAACCAAAGAAUUUAUGGAAAGAAUUUGAUUUUAGAAAAUAUCAGGUAUUAUAAACAUGUCAAAAUUUCUACUAUUGAUUCAACUACUGAAUCAGAAGAUGCAGACGAAAGAAUAAUUUAUAUGGAAGAUUUAGAAAAAAGAAAACAAGUAUAUGGAAUAUGUGGAGAAUGUAAUGAACCCGGCACAGGAGAAAAAUGGUGUCAACCUUGUAAUGCUAAAAGAUUUAAGGAUAACUUUAAAAAUUGGACUAGUGGAAAUAAAAAUAUUGAUGAAUUUAUACAACAUUCACAACUUAAUGCUUUAUGUUAUGGUAAAUGUCUUGAAUGGAUACCUUAUGAAAAAUUUCAAAAUAUCACUUAUAUUGCAAAAGGUGGUUUUGGUAAAGUAUAUUUAGCUGAAUGGCCUGAAGGACAUACUGACUAUUGGGAUAUUGAAAAUCAAAAAUGGCGUAGAUGUGAUGAAGAUAAAUAUGCAUUGAAAAGUUUGAAUAAUUCUUCUGGUAUAAGUUCAGAUUUUUUUAAUGAGAUUAAAUCUCAUCUUCAGAUUCAUCUUCUUGAUAUUAUUACAUGUUAUGGAAUAACUCAAGAUCCAAAUACUAAGGAGUAUAUGAUGGUUUUAGAAUAUUGUAAAGAUGGAAACUUGAGAAAUUAUUUAAAUAAGUCUGAAGAAUACAUAGGUUAUAGAACAAAACUUAGUAAACUACAACGAAUUGCAAGAGGACUUUCAGACAUUCAUAUUGCUGGGAAAGUUCAUAAAGAUUUUCAUUCUGGAAAUAUAUUGUUUUCUGAUUAUAUACCAUAUAUAUGUGAUUUAGGAAUGUCUCGACCAGCAAAUAAGCAAGCAGUUAAAAGAGAAGGAAUUUGUGGAGUAUUACCAUAUAUGGCACCGGAAGUUAUACGUGGACAUCAAUAUACACAAGCAGCAGAUAUUUACUCAUUUGGAAUAAUAAUGAAUGAGCUUCUUUCUGAGGAAAUUCCUUAUAAUGAUAUUCCUCAUGAUGAAUUUUUAGCCAUUAAAAUAUGUAAAGGACAGAGACCAGAAAUUUCUAAAGACGCACCAAAAUUACUUGCAGACUUGAUUACAAGAUGUUGGGAUGCUAAAAUAGAAAACAGACCAACUGCCAAAGAGUUAUAUCAAACAUUACUGAAAUGGUUUAGAGAUAGUAAAAAUAGUGAAAAUAAUCAAAAUAUUGAAAUUUUUCUUCAAAUAAAAGAAUGUGAUGAAAUUAGAGAAAAAAAAUUUAACAACAGGUCAAAUGAAGAUAGGUCCAAAAAUAUUCAAACACAUCCACAAGCUAUAUACACUAGUAGACAUUUAAAUUUUAAAAAUCUUCCAGAACCAGUAAAUUCUUCUACUUUUCAAUUUAACUCAGAUGCUAAUUAUGAUAUUCAAUCAACGGCAGCGAAUCCAAUUUCAGCGUGUUUAGAUGUUCAAUUAAGCGAAUUAGAACUAAAUGAAAUUUGUCAAGAUUGCGAAAAUAAUAUUGAAUGAAGGUUCUUUCAUUGGAAUCAAAUAUUUAAGUAACUGAAGAGCAUGUUGAACAGUUGAAGUUAACCUUAUUUUAUUUCUAUUUUUAUAUUUUAU